AUGCAAAUGCUGCACACGGUGGACCUCUACGUGUGUCUGGUGUGUGGCAGUGGGACCGAGGAGGACAAGCUGUUGCUAUGCGACGGUUGCGAUGACAGCUAUCACACCUUCUGCCUGAUCCCGCCCCUCAAUGAUGUCCCCAAAGGAGACUGGAGGUGUCCCAAGUGUCUGGCACAGGAGUGUGGUAAGCCCCAGGAGGCGUUUGGCUUUGAGCAGGCCCGCAGGGAUUACUCCCUCAGAGCCUUCGGUCAGAUGGCCGACAACUUCAAAUCAGAUUACUUCAAUAUGCCCGUCCAUAUGGUUCCUACGGAGCUGGUGGAGAAGGAGUUCUGGCGUCUGUCCAGCACUAUUGAGGAGGAUGUGACGGUGGAGUACGGCGCGGACAUCGCCUCUAAGGACUUCGGCAGCGGCUUCCCCAUACGCAACGGACGCUUCAAGGUCGCUCCCGCAGACGAGAAGUACCUGAGCUGCGGCUGGAACCUGAACAACAUGGCGAUGAUGAGCCCGUCGGUGCUGACCCACGUGACGGCCGACAUCUGUGGCAUGACGCUGCCCUGGCUCUACGUGGGCAUGUGCUUCAGCUCCUUCUGCUGGCACAUAGAGGACCACUGGAGCUACUCCAUCAACUACCUGCACUGGGGGGAGCCCAAGACGUGGUAUGGGGCCCCAGGCUAUGCGGCGGAGCAGCUGGAGGCGGUGAUGAGGAAGUUGGCCCCCGAGCUCUUCGAGUCGCAGCCAGACCUGCUGCACCAGCUGGUCACCAUCAUGAACCCCAACACACUGAUGAGCCACGGAGUACCGCGGCGGGGCGAGCGGCAGGAAGAGCCAUUAGCCGGAGUAAAUAAUCCCGUCAGUCGCACCGGCCCCGAGAUUGAUUAA